AUGGAUCGGUCCGCAUCAAACCUCACCGGAACCGGGGUCGACUUCGUUGUCGCCACCACCCAGGCGAGCAUCAACUCCAGUAUGCUGGAAUAUUUGGCGGAGGGCAGUCAGCCGGUGAUGUAUCUGUGUUUUCUCGCGGGCCAACAAGGAAACCCCACGGUGCAGGUCACCUUGGAGGAAUUGAUGGCCAAGACCGAGGGCAUUAAUCCAUUUGACAUCCCACAGGAUCUCGAUUAUAUGGACGCUCGCAUCAGACCUGUAACCAAAGCCCGUUUUGUCGCGGGCAUCAAGUUGCAAAUGGGCCUUCCUCCGGGGGCCAACCCGAAGGAUCUAUCUGUGGUCAACUUUGAGGGCACCACCCCCAAUAAAGUCACAUUCACCAUGUAUUGUGCCCAAGCCACUGUCAUUCACAAUAACCGGGGUGGAUUUGAUGACCCGACAUGGAACGUUUGGAGCCAGACGGCGGAAGAGCCGUGGAUUGCCCGCGCAGAGGUUGAUCUCGUGGUAGCAGAUCUCGACAGCAAUCUGGAGAACUCGCCCUAUCUGCGAGGCCGGCCUGAAGUCAAGGAACAAUUACAAAAGGCGUUUGUCAACCUCUCUGGCUCUGCCUUCAGCCUGCAACAGUUGCUCUUCGACUUGGACAAUGCAACGAUGCAGGAAAACUUCAAGUUCACAGGAAUCGAUCCGACCUCGGAUGCUGGGUUUUUGGUGGAUCGGUAUUUUGUUGGCAUGUACCAGCAGUCUGCGCGAGAGCAUGGCCUGCCCCUUCUGGCCAUCACAGCUGUCUCCCAAGAUCCGGAUCCCUCGUCACUGCAGAUGACCUCCUUUGAGCGGACACUGACACACCCCAUUGGUGGCAGUGGCCCAGCCACUACAUUAAAUUAUCUAUGUGCCAUCAAUGAUCAUCCUCGUCCCUCCCCCUCGACCACCUUUGGCUGGAACUGGGUAGACCCUGCGGGAAUCGAUGAGAGCAGCGGCGUAAUCGCGAUCCAACGCAAUGCGUUUAUCAGAUUCCUGGAGGACAGCGUACAGAAACAAGCAGAUAGUCUAUGCUAUAGACCGUGGGUAGACACUUCUUUAAUUGAUUUGCUCAGUCCCACAGAGAGCAUGCAGCAGUCGAAAUCUACCACGGUGGAUGCACUGUUCGAUCUGGGAUAUAAGGCCGAAGACAAUGGGAAAUUUGAGCCGUAUCGCAAUGGAUUCAAAAGCCAGGUCUCGCUGGAAGUGUCCGCAGCUGUGAAAAUCACCUUUGAAGGUCGACAAAUCAAGGUGGUGCAGUGGCUUAGGGUUUACAUGGAUUGCGCUCAUACGAUUGGACACGAACAACCCGAUGGAAGUUGGGUCGACGUCCCGGACCCAGCUUCGAGUACAUGCUUCAAUGCGGUCUUUAAGACGGUGACCAGCCUCUACAGCUUGGCAGUCGACGAGCGGGGAUCGCUGCAGCUGGUCCGGGAAGGGGAUAACCAGGUGGAGGACCAGUCUGACGAGGUUCCGUCCUGGACCAGCGACCCCAAUUGGCAGGUCAACUACGAUACAAUGCGGAAGCUUCAAGAACAGACCGUCUUUAGGGGCGUCGAUCUCCACGAGUUUAAAUUCGGGAACAUGCACAACUUUAUCUUUCCAGGUGCCCGGGUCUUCACCUAUAAGAACCCUUGUUUUUCAAAAACUGGGGACUUGCUCUGUGAAAUCAUUUAUCUCGACCCUACUGAGGUUAGCCCAGACCCGCAAGCCCAACCUGAGCCCCAGUCUCAGCUUCAAGCAUCCUCUCCUUCGUUACCCCCAACUCCCUCCUCCGGGAAGCUGACAGUCUCGACAGAACUGAUGCAGAAUUAUGUACAUGGAGAGAUUGUCUCUCCGAGGGGCAAGUUUGAAGCCCUGCAGACGGGCAACGGUCACACUUUGCUGUUUGCGAUUGACUCAUCCGGGGUGUUCCACGUCAUCGAAGAGCAAAGUGGGACUUCCCACACGGGAUGGCACGUUCACGACCUGUCGACAGAGGCCAUCCAAGUUCAGUUUCCCGGAGACGCAUCACGGGCGGUGGUCCGGACAUUUGACGUUGGCCAGAACGUGGAGGAUGGAACUAUCGGGAUGAUGAUGGCGGUUCACCUGGACGGUAACGACCAUCUCUUCCUUUCACUGGGCAACUCGAACCAGGAUCUGUCGUGGACCACUCGCCCAUUAUGGACUAUGGCCCCGUUUGAUCCUGUCAAUGAGACACCACAAAAAAUCACAAUUGCGGGCGCCAUGUUCGCCGAAACCCAGGAAAAUCAAACCCAGGGGAAGAAGAUAAAGAAGCAAUACUUGAUUGUGGACAUCAACCGCCUCUCGGAGUCCAGAAUUGUGUCGGAGCCCCAUAUCGCUCGCUACCAAAUCGAUCCCGAGCGCACUACGACCCAUUACUGGGUCAAGCAUGAUGUGACCAUCGAUCUUGCUGCCGGAAGCUAUCAGAGUGUGGUAGGCCGGAUACACAACAAAACCGUGGAUGGGAUCUAUACGGCCGGAACCGCUGGUGGCCAGCCGCAAUUGAUCUACGAACCCAUUAUCAAUGAGUUUGGGUCAGGCCCGGUCAAUCCGCGGCGGUUGAAACUGCCCAAGGGAGCGAUUCCGUCGGCCAUUACCACUGCUCGCCACCCGGAGGAUGGGAGUACAGAUCUCUACAGUAUCGGGGGCUCCACCCUCUAUUACUUCGCCUCGGACCAGCAGUCCGAGGCAAUUGAGCCCCCUAGUACUAUGUACCAGUGA